GGCUAUGCUCAGGCUCCUCCCCCUUACGGACAACCCCCACAAGGAUAUGGACAACCCCCACAAGGAGGCCAACCCCCACAACAAGGCUAUGCUUCACCCCCACAAGGCUAUGGUCAGCCUCCUCCACAAGGUUAUGGUCAGCCACAGUAUGGUGUACAGCCAGGAGGUUAUGCAGGCCAGCCAGGUCAGCCAGGUGUGCCUCCUAUGGGUGGUGCCCCUGGGGGAGUUCAGUGGAUGGCACGCCCAGAGGGACUCCCAGGCUGUCCCCCAGGACUAGAGUACCUCACCCAGAUAGAUCAGAUCCUUGUACACCAGCAAGUAGAACUAUUAGAAAUGAUGACUGGGUUUGAGACUCAGAAUAAAUACCAGGUGAAGAACUCUUUGGGACAGCAGGUCUAUUUUGCUAAUGAGGAGAGUGAUAUGUGUAUGAGACAAUGCUGUGGACCUCAGAGAGGGUUUACCAUGCACAUAACAGACAACCUGGGUCAGGAGGUAAUACGAUGCCAUAGGGAGUUUAAAUGUUGUGCCGGGUGCUGUUGGUGUGCUGGAAGUGAUUGUUGUGCUAUGGAACUCAUAGUGGAGGCCCCGCCAGGUCAAGUUGUAGGAUCUGUCAAACAAGCGUGCAGUCCAUGUCCCCCAAGGUUUGAUAUAAAGGAUGCAAAUGAGCAGAAAAUCUUUGAUGUUGAGGGACCAGUGUGCAUGUGCCAGGGGCCCUGCUGUGCUUGGGAUCAAGAUUUUGUGGUGAAGUCGGCAGACCAAGCACAAGAGGUUGGCAAAAUUAGUAAACAAUGGACUGGCUUUGUGAAGGAAUACUUCACAAAUGCAGAUAAUUUUGGGGUAUCUUGUAAGUACCAAUUAAGCCAUACAAGCAACUUUACUUAA